AUGCUACCCCUACGCGUGCGUGGCACGCGUCUACUAGGUCGCGUGACCCGUAAUUCUCUCUCAAAGACGCAGGUCAGGAACUUCUACUCAAGGAAGGACACGUCCCCAGCUAUCAACAAAACAUGGAGGUCCUUUGCAAUUACCGGCCUGGUUAGUGCGCCAGGCUUUUGGUGGUUGACAGCCACUCACGACGACGAUGUGCCUCGUCUGGAAGCUUCACCAGCCGGGCACUUAGUGGCCGAGCCGGGUCCUUCCAAAGACGAAGUGACGCGUAUCAUAUCUAAAGACGCAUAUUCAUUUCCAGUCAAGAGUGUUGCUGGAGUGAAUAGAUACGACGGCACACAGCUGGCGUCCAAUAGCCUGUGCGAGGACCGCUUCACCCAUGGUAUUUUCCCGUCUCCGUUGAAUGAUGGCGCUCAGUGGAUGGCGUGGGCGGUCUUCGAUGGACACGCGGGCUGGCAAACAGCAGAGCUUCUGAAGGAUCAACUCUUGCCAUUUGUGCGACAUAGCUUGGGCCAAGUUAAGUCAGCAUCCUCCGAGGAAGGAUCCAUACCUGACGAGGUGGUUCAUCACGCGAUCACGAAGGCAUUUGUGGACCUGGAUGACUCGAUUAUAAAGACAGCCUUGCAGACUGUCCAAAGUAGCGAGCCGCUACAGGACAAGCUGAAGAAACUGGCUCCUGCCUACGCUGGUUCAUGCGCUUUACUCUCUUUGUAUGAUUCGGUCACCAGUUCAUUACACGUGGCGUGUACUGGAGAUUCCAGAGCGGUUCUCGGACAGCAAUUGCCAGAUGGCAAGUGGGAGGCAAUUCCAUUGUCAGUCGAUCAGACUGGCAGCAACGAAGAUGAGGUUGCGCGGAUUAACCAGGAGCACCCGGGCGAAAAGAACAUAGCUAAAGAUGGACGGAUACUAGGGAUGAUGGUCUCACGAGCUUUUGGUGAUAGUCGGUGGAAGUGGGCUUUGGAGCUGCAGCAGGACCUUAAGGAAAGGUAUGACGUUCGCACACCACCAUACCUAACUGCCGAGCCUGUUGUGACCACGACGAAGAUUGACCCGAGUAAACCUUCGUUUGUCAUCCUGGCCACGGACGGCAUGUGGGAUACACUAUCCAACCAGCAGGCUGUAGAUCUAGUUGGUAAAUGGCUGGAUGCACAAAUCCAUGGGCACCCAAACAGCCAACCGAAAGCAGAGUAUAAAUCUGUCGAUUUCGGUGACCUUGGGAACGGGGUGGACUGGGAAUUUGAGGAGGGAAGAACGACAAUCCAAGAUGAUAACGUUGCCGUGCACCUAGUGCGCAAUUCCCUCGGGGGAAACCACCACGAGCUCAUAGCAGGCCGUCUCGCUCUUGGGUCUCCGUUCUCCCGCCGUAUACGGGACGAUAUGACCGUACAAGUGGUUUUCUUUCACUGCCCACGUCUACCACCGAAGUAA